AUGGCGCCACACCUUUCAACCACGAGCGGCGACGAGGGCGAAGGUGCCAGUGCCAGUCACCUUAUUGAUGCCUCUAUCAUUAACCACGGUAACGCAAUCGAGACCACACCUCAUCACAUCAUGGCGGCUGCGUCUCCAGCUUCUGGCCAGGUCAUCGGCAGCAUCAUCCACCAGGGUACCGGUUCAUUUUUGAAUCCCAUCGAAGGUCAGGCGGGCAAUUUCAUUCCGUCCGCCAAUACCACCACUCCCCACCGUCCGUUUAUGGACUCACCAACUCAUGAAGGUACCGAUCCCAUUCCGGAGGAAGGUGCAGUUCCAGUUGCCGAUCCAUUCAUCCUCGACUUUGACAUUUCCAUUUGCAAAAGGAGAAAAAUAGGGCAUACAUAUAGGUAA